CCACCAGCAAUUCGCUCUUGCGGCUGGCAAGCAAUCACAAAGUCAUGGCACAAGCUCCUCAGGGGGUCACGGUGGUCCUCGGAGCUCAAUGGGGGGACGAGGGGAAAGGCAAACUGGUCGAUAUUCUUGCCGCUCAAGCGGAUGUUUGCGCUAGAUGUGCCGGAGGGAAUAACGCGGGUCAUACUAUCGUCGUCAAAGGUGACAAAGGGGAGAAGAAGACUUAUGCUUUCAACCUGCUUCCCAGUGGACUGAUCAACCCGCACUGCAAAGCCUUCAUCGGAUCUGGGGUGGUCGUACACAUCCCGUCGUUGUUCAACGAGCUGGACACUUUGGAACGGAAAGGCCUAUCAUGCGCGGACCGUCUCUUCAUCUCUGACCGUGCUCAUCUCGUCCUCGGCUUUCAUCAGAUCGUCGACGGUCUCAAAGAGAUUGAGCUCGGCGGCUCAAGCAUCGGUACUACCAAGAAAGGUAUCGGUCCCGCUUAUUCGUCAAAGGCAUCUCGAAGUGGUCUUCGUGUUCAUCAUCUGUACGAUUCCAGCUUCCCUGCCAAAUUCCGUAAGCUAGUCGAAGGACGAUUCAAACGAUAUGGUCAUUUCGAAUUCGACACCGAGGGGGAAAUUGAAAUGUACUUGGCAUUCGCAGAUCGUCUUCGCCGUCACAUCGUCGAUGGUCCGACAUUCAUGCAUCGAGCUCUUUCCUCCGGUCAAAGGAUCUUGGUCGAAGGUGCCAACGCACUCAUGCUCGAUAUCGAUUAUGGUACCUACCCAUUCGUCACCUCGUCAUCCACUUCCAUCGGAGGUGUAUGCACCGGACUCGGUAUCCCACCCAUGGCUAUCAAACGUGUUUGUGGUGUGGUGAAAGCUUACACUACUCGAGUUGGUGGAGGACCCUUCCCCACUGAAGAUCUGGGUGAAGUGGGGGAAACUUUACAAGAGGUCGGGGCGGAAUAUGGUGUGGUGACUGGUAGACGGAGACGUUGUGGAUGGUUGGAUCUGGUAGUAUUGCGUUAUUCGACCAUGAUCAACGGAUACACCGAAAUCAACUUGACGAAAUUGGACGUUUUGGACGGUUUCAGUGAAAUCAAAGUGGCUACUGGGUAUACCAUUGAUGGGAAAGAAUUGGAGAGUUUCCCCGCUGAUCUGGAAAAGUUGGCAAAAGUCAACGUUCAAUACACCACCUUACCCGGAUGGAAAACGGAUAUUUCAACUUAUACAUCCUACGACCAACUUCCACCCGCCUGUAAGGAAUAUGUCGAGUUUAUCGAAAAGUUUUUAGGUGUGAGAAUUACAUACAUUGGAGUUGGACCUGCUAGGGAUAGCACCAUUGUUCGAUUGUAGUGUGUGUGCGUGUGGUCUUUUGCUAUAUAUCUGAUGCAUAGAAGAGUACCAAAGGUG